AUGAUGGAUCCCAGCAGCUGUUCGCAGUCCAGCCGGGAGUCAGGGAGCCUGAGGGUCAGCGUGAGCGACGAAGUCUUCACCGUGGAGAAAUCCACUGUCGCCGAGAACUGCGACUACUUCCGAGCCCUGUUCCGUUCGGGAAUGAGAGAGUGCCGACAGGAGGAGAUCCAGCUGCGGUGUGUGGGGGCCCUGGGAUUCCUGGUCCUGCUCCGGGUGCUGCGGGGAGAGCGGCCCAUGCUUAGCAGCGACCAAAUCGUGGAAGCCAUCCAGUGCACCUCCUUCCUCCAGGUGCCGGCUCUCACCAAGCAUUUGAUCAGUAUCAUAGACUCUGAAAACUGUCUUCUCAUGUACCACACGGCUGCAACGUAUGGAGUGUGGGAACUGUCCCACCAGGCUGCCUUGUUCAUCAGAGACAUGUAUGCCGAUCUGAAGGAGGAUGUGCGCACGUUGCCCAGCAAACUGGUGGAAUACAUUGAGUCUCUCCUCCCUAGCAGCUACAUGGCCGUCUGCAGCCACUCUCCAUCCUCUGAGCUGAUGCACGAUAUUCAGAGGACAGUCUGCUACCUGGACGAGGACCACAGAGACUGGAGGGUACUCACACACCUACCCAUCAGCACCAGCACCACAAUGGCCGGCGUGGCAGUCCACCGCAACAAGCUGUACAUCGUAGGGGGAGUGCAUGAUGUCAGUAAGAAGGUGAUGGAGAUGGGCUUCUGUUACGACCCUACGGUCAACACAUGGUCCACUAUCCGUGGUCCCCAGCAGCUCCGCUAUAACUUUACGCUCAUAGGUCAUGAAGAUUGCCUCUACGCUGUUGGGGGGGAGUUUAGCAGAAAGGUCCUCUCGUCUGUGGAGCAGUACCAACUCACCAAUGAGAGCUGGGGCUUCGUGUCAGGCCUCCCCUGCCCUGCAGCCUCUGUGGUGUCUGCCAUAGCCAUGAACAGGAUUUUCAUCUGCCUUUGGAAAGGGAAGGGAGCGACUGACAUACACGAGUAUGUGCCUGGACACAAGCAGUGGCAUCUGGUCACCACACUCAACCGGCAGCACAGCUAUGGCCUUUACAUGGUCGCUCACAGGGAUAAUCUGUAUGUGAUGCGCAAUGGACCCUGUGAGGACUUCCUGAUGUGCGUGAUGGACAGAUUCAACCUAACCACAGGCCAGUGGACAGCCAUGUCCGGUCAGUACGGAAACAGCAAGGGUUCUUUGUUCACUGCCGUCGUUAGGGGGGACUCGGUUUUCACCCUCAGCAGACACGUGACCACCGAGUACACUGUAGAGGAAAACAGAUGGGGGAUGAAGUGCGAAAUGAAAGGUUUCGGUAGGAUUGGAUCCAUCUAUACGUUUCUGAUGAGGCUGCCUUUAUCCACCAUCGCUUUCAUGGGAAACAGCCCGGAUCUUACCAAGAAACAAACCCUCCAAGACCUGAGAGUCUGCCCCGGAUUUUCCUUACAGUGCUCCGAUUACGUGUAA